GGAAGCGGGCGGUGCGAUGGCGGCGGGCGGGCCCGGGGCCGCGCUGUGAUGAAGGUCUUUCCCGGCCGGCCUCGUCAUGGGCUUUCCCGAGGGAAAAGCGAAGCGUCCCGCGUGAUCCGUCGGGAAGGCGGUGCCGUGCGCGGCGAUGGCGCUGAGCGCGGAGCAGGUGGGCCUGGUGGGGCAGGUGUUCGAGUCCUAUGUGCUGGAGCACCACAGGGAGGAGCUCCUGGGCAUCCUGGGUCAGCCCGACGCCGAGGCGCACUACCCUGUCGUCGUCGACGCCUUGACGCUCUUCGAGACCAACAUGGAGAUCGGGGAGUAUUUCAACGCCUUCCCCAGUGAGGUGCUCACGGUUUUCGACAGUGCGCUGCGCAGGGCAGCCCUGGCCACGCUGCAGGCUGCCCCACACCCCGCGGGGCUCAGCCUGAAGCAGAACCUCCAUGCCAGGGUCUCGGGCUUGCCUGUUUGCCCAGAGCUGACUCGAGAGCACAUUCCUAAAACCAGGGAUGUGGGUCAUUUUUUGUCUGUUACUGGGACUGUCAUACGUACCAGUUUGGUGAAAGUUUUGGAGUUUGAACGGAAUUACAUCUGCAAUAAGUGCAAGCAUGUAUUUGUCGUCAAGGCUGACUUUGAACAGUACUACGCGUUCUGUCGUCCAUCAGCCUGUCGUAAUGAGGAAGGCUGCAACUCAACCAAGUUCACCUGCCUCUCUGGAACAGCCUCUUCUCCUGCCUGCUGCAGGGACUAUCAAGAAAUCAAAAUUCAGGAACAGGUUCAAAGACUGUGUGUUGGAAGCAUCCCUCGCUGCAUGGUGGUUGUUCUGGAAGAUGACUUAGUGGAUAGUUGCAAGUCUGGAGAUGACAUCACAGUGUAUGGAGUAGUAAUGCAGAGGUGGAAACCUUUCCGUGAGGAUGCACGCUGUGAUUUGGAGCUUGUUUUGAAAGCCAACUACAUUAGAGUAAACAAUGAGCAGCUAGCAGGGGUUGCAAUUGAUGAGGAAGUCCGCAAGGAAUUUAAAGACUUCUGGGAAAAGCAUAGGAAUGAUCCCUUAGCAGGGAGGAAUGAAAUUUUGGCUAGCUUAUGUCCUCAAGUGUUUGGAUUGUACUUGGUGAAGUUGGCUGUAGCCAUGGUGCUUGCUGGUGGUGUGCAGAGGACUGAUGCUGCUGGAACUCGAAUCAGAGGUGAAUCACAUCUUUUGUUGGUUGGAGACCCAGGUACAGGGAAAUCUCAGUUUCUCAAGUAUGCAGUAAAGAUUAUUCCACGCUCUGUUCUUACUGCAGGAAUUGGAUCUACAAGUGCAGGUUUGACAGUGACUGCUGUGAAGGACUUUGGGGAGUGGAACUUGGAAGCUGGUGCACUGGUACUUGCAGAUGGAGGCCUUUGUUGCAUUGACGAGUUCAAUAGUAUCAAAGAACAUGACAGAACCAGUAUCCAUGAAGCAAUGGAGCAACAAACAAUCAGUGUUGCAAAGGCAGGCCUAGUGUGCAAGCUUAAUACAAGGACAACUAUCCUGGCAGCAACAAACCCAAAAGGCCAUUACGACCCUAAUGAGUCUGUCUCCGUCAAUAUAGCUCUUGGCAGUCCCCUGUUGAGCAGAUUUGACCUGGUCUUAGUAUUGUUAGAUACAAAGAACGAGGAAUGGGACCGUAUCAUUUCAUCCUUCAUCUUGCAAAAUAAAGGUUUCCCAAGCAAAUCAGAAAAGCUCUGGAGCAUGGAAAAGAUGAAAACCUACUUCUGCCUUAUAAAAAGUAUACAUCCAAAACUGUCUGAUGAGAGCAACUUGAUCCUUGUACGAUACUAUCAGAUGCAGCGUCAGAGUGACUGCAGAAAUGCUGCCCGAACUACCAUUCGCUUAUUAGAGAGUUUGAUACGCCUUGCAGAAGCUCAUGCCCGGUUGAUGUUUAGGGAUACCGUGACAUUGGAAGAUGCUGUAACGGUGGUAUCGGUGAUGGAAUCUUCUAUGCAGGGGGGUGCACUUCUCGGAGGCGUCAAUGCCUUACACACCUCAUUUCCAGAAGACCCAAUGGCACAGUACCGAACACAAUGUGAACUCAUAUUGGAGCGACUUGAGCUGCAAGAUCUUCUGCACAAAGAGCUACAAAGACUUGACAGAUUGCAAAAGGAAAACUCAUAUCAGCUGCAGCCUGAAGAGACAGAUUUCAAUACUACUAUGAGAUGUUUGAACAAGGAUACAUUUGGGCAGUCAAAGCAAAUGUCUUGGUCGCAACCUUCAAAUAAAGAAGAGAAUAAUUCCAGGCCACAGCCUUCUUUGCCCAAAGACAACAGUGAAGGGGAUUUACAUCUAGAACCUGUAUGCGACCCGGCACAUGGUGAUAACAAAAGUACAAAAGGCUUGAUUAAACAUAAUAAGAGAGGUGAUGAUGGCAGCCUGGCAUGGUUUGACAGCCUGGAAGAGAGCAACACUGACGCUGAAGAAGCUUUUCAGAAAAAGUCGCUGAUGCCGAAGAUAUCUCCAAAUAACCUGGCUACAAAAACACUGUGUAAAGCGUCCUGUCCUGAAAAAGGAAGCGCUUCAGUACCAAGGAAGGGAAAUGGCACGAGAGAGUCACUAGCAACUGUGAAUCUACAUGAUGCUUUGGAACAGGACAAAGGUUCCAAUAUAAGCAGGAAAAGGACUGAAGAACACAGCUGUUUUCCUUCAGAAGCAAGUAUUCAAGACCCAGCAUCACCAAGUGCUAGUGUGCAGGAUUCAGUUAUUACGCAACGGGUUUCUAAAAGGUGGCAGAGAGUGCACACAGAGAAAUCACGUGGAUUCUUUACAAGUACACCGGAGCCAGAAGCAAAGGCCCUUCCUUCAGUAUUACCUGUGUCUGGCCUGCCAGAUCUUUCAUGUGAUGUAGGUUCUGUGCUAGGAGAGGAAAAGAGCAGUGUAUCUGUAAAAAAACCUGCAACAAUUUCCAUGAGAAAACGAAAUAAAGGUCAAGUAGUGAAGGAAACAAAGAUAGCGAGUUCUCAUGAGCCAGAAAUCCUUGACAGUGAAAGUCCUCCGGCAGCUAAACUAGCUAAAUUUUCUUUCAGACCAAGGACAAAAUUUGAUCAUUCUUCAGAGAAGAAAAAUGAAGAAUUUUCUCUGAGUGAAACUAUUUUUAAGCCUGGAGAGCAGCUCCAGGGAGAGCAGCUGCCAGAGGAAUGCUGCCCCCCUGAGAAAUCUAAGAUGACAUUGACUCGCUUAGGAAAUAUUAGUUUGGAAAAACAAUUAAUUGAUAAUAAAGGAAGAGAAGAGCAACAGAAUCAGUCCUUGGGGAAAGAGGUUAGAGGAAAUGCAACGAUACACUCAGAUAGCAGUUUUGGUGCUGUGUCCUCUCCAGCCACUGAAAAGAAAAGGGAGGGAGAGGAGAAGCUUGGUGGCCCAAGCACAGAGAAGGUGCACUCCAGUACAUUAGCCAAAUUGUCAACAUUCUCCUUUGCAUCACGUCCUGAGUCAAAAUCAGAAACCUCACCUGCCAUUAAGAUUGACACUAACAAGGAAUGCCUUAGCCCAGUGCUGAGGGUGCACGUCAGCAAUCCUAGCAGAAGGAAGACUUUUGCGUUGGGAAAUGCUACAAAAGCCUGUGUGGUUACACAGAAACCUCUCUUCUCAAUAGCAGAGCUAGAUGAUGCUACAUUAGAUUUUGACUGGGAUGAAGAGGUUAAAAAAAAUCCAAUCAUGUAACAUGUAUAUCCUCCAAAUUACUUAACAUACAGUUCUUCUGACUCUCCAUCCUUCUAUCAAUUGAAUCCAUAGUUUGCAAAGCGCUUAAAAAUGGUCAGUGUGGACCUCUGUUGAUACCAAUGAGCAUACUUUCUUUAAGGGCUGGAUACUUUACAUCAGCUCAGGACUGUGUACACUGCAGGCCUCAUGUGGCUUUUAGUUUUCUAAACUCUUCCCAAGACUACUUGUAUCAGUUGACUGUUUUGACUGACCUGAUGUAACCUGAAGGCUUGCAUGGUUAUGUUUAUCCAGAGUAUAGUGAAUCUUGCACAAGAGCAGGCUUAAUUGACUGUUGUCUUUUAUUUCAUGUAACGGCUAGAACUAUAUGUGAUUCAGAUUGUCCUUCCAAAUGAUUAUGCCACUUUAGAAAAAUGAUGAUGCUAAGGCUAUGUCAUUAUAUUUUGUUCAUCUAUAUAUGCUGUUCAUCUCAGCGUAGUGAGCAAUAUUGUGAUUUAUCAUCGUGCUAUGGUAAGUGUUUCUGUAUUGCCAGUAUCAUGACAGUUCUGCAUCUUUGGUUACUGUGCUCCUUGUCACACUGCUGAUGUUAAAGACAUCGGCCGAUACCUUUUUGUUUCUGUUUUGGGGUUUUUUUCUAAUUUUCAAUUUUAAAUACAGUGGUUCAGGUAUCUGUGUCUGUAUCUAGGUAAUUUUAUCAAAACCCAACUCUGUAAUAAACACACAGUCCUUCGCUGCAGAGAACAAAUUCCAGGUGAUUGAAUGUGGGUCCUCAGUAACCAGGGUAACUUUAAUGCAGGCAUUAAUCCCUCGCAUAUAAACUACACUUCAGACCUAGCAGCAUUGUGAAGAGCUACCCUAGUGCAGCUUGGUUCUGACUCAGAUAAUGUUUACUUGACUGUUUAAAUUGUGAUUGGAGUUUUACUGCAUCUGAUAAUGCAGUUCGUCUUCUGUAGCAUGCUGCAUCCUAUGUCAUUCAUUUGUCUAAUGGGAAAUUAAUCUACUAAUGUAUUACAUGUUUACAGAGAACGGUAAGCCUUAGAUUUCUUUUAGUGACUUGCCUGGUAUGUUUCUUCUGUGUUUGAAUUCUCCACGGAAUAUUCUUGUUAUUACCUGCAAGGUAAACAGAGAUUGGAGUGGUUGCUUACAGCACAGUAAAUCCUUUUGAGAGGCUUGCUAGCACAAAGAUCUGAUUCUCUCCUGAUUUGCUUAAAUUUAGAAGUAGCUCCCCUGAAACCAGGUGAGUUAAAAUACUGCAAAAUUUCAGACAAUGAGGGACCGUGAGGCCCAAGUACUUUGGUGUGAUACAGUGAAAUUACGAGAACAGUAAUUAUUAGUAAUUGGCUUGCUGUUAAGAGUUUGGGAAAAUGACAGAAAUGUUGCUGUCCAGAUUAGUUGUGUGGUAGAUUUUCCACUGGAAAGAUGACACCAAUAAAUGAAGUGGAAUUUAUCCACCUCCCUCCCAGAGCACAGAGCCCCCUUUUCCUGUUCCUUCUCACAGACACCUAUGCCAGGGUGAAGGUGACCUGCACUCAUGAUCCUGCAGCCCAUGAAAAUCAGAAGUUUCCUACAGGAUGCUGUGUCUACACUGAAAGAUCCAGAUUCUUCUGGAGAAGAAUCGAGGAUCCUGGAGCUCUUAACAUUUAUGAUGGUCUUCCUAGAAUUUUUAUGGGCCAGCUAAAGGCAUAGUUUUUAAUCGCCACUGGAGCUGCAUUGGCCCCUUGCAUGGUAGUCUCAUAUACAAUAAAAAAUCCUCCUUGCUAGCUGUUUGGUUUGAUGGAUGUUGACAGCUGGCCAGUAAAAAACCAUAGCUACUGGGUCCCCAUAGGCAAGUAUCACAAGCUUUUUUUACCAUACAAAAUCAGAAAAAAAUUAGUAGAGACAUUUCAUCCAGCUAUGCUGGAAGUAUUGUUUUGUUCAUCACUUCCCUGUAGAUCAGUAGCUGGGGCCUCAUUUACUGUAAUUUGCUAUGCCCAAUUAUGAGAUAAGCUGCUCCUAAGAACUGCAGGACCUUUUCCUGAAUUUUCUUCUGUGGGAGGGUGAUUGACUUUCCUCCCUUUGUUCAGUGGAAAUUAGAACUCUUGAAAUCAGUGGAGUCAUAGUGGCACAAAACCGAGGUGAAAGUCAAGCUCGAAAUUUUCUUCCUGCCGUGCUUGGGCUGUAUUUGAAAAGGCUGUGCUUUUUACAUUUUGCUUGUGGUGUCCUGAAACCUGUGCAUGUAUCAUUGCAGCUGAGUGAAUGGAAGAUAAGCCAAGUUUUUAUAGAUGAAAAAUGCUUCCUUCGAUGCCGUAAAACUCAGCCUAGAACACUGAGGUACUGUAUGUCCCACAGCUUUUCCAGUCAUACAGUAUUAAUCACAUUUGUGGUCCAGUUCAGCAAUUUUGCUGAUAAAAUACUGCUAGAUCUAUUUUUUUUUUAAUUAAUAAUUUGUUUUGAAUUUGAAUCUACAGUUUUAACUGUUCCUUUAAAGGACAGUCAGCAGCACCAUGACCAAACUUGCAACUUUCUGGAGACUGGAUAUCUUAGGAUAGGCUACCCUGAUGUGCCUAGCACCACGUGGACUCAACCAGUUCAGGAUACUGCUGGACUUUUUGGGAUGCAUCCUUUCAUUGCCUUAGCACAGUACAGCCAUGCAAGGUGUGAGUAUUGAGACAUCUGAACUCGGAGGAGGCUAAAGGUAUGAGCUCUUCAACAGGUUUUCUGAAAUUCCCCAACAGCAAGAGGAAAAUAGCAGCAGCUUCCAAUGCCUAGAAAGGGCCCCAGUGCUUAGCAGCACUGGAACUAGGAAAGAUAAAUGCUGUGGCAUCUGAGCUCCUGCUUAAUGUGGACAAAUUGGCUCGUUUAAACCAGGGUUUUCAUUUGUGACUGCAGACUCUGUACAUUCAUUCUUUAAUGGACACCAUUUGUGAGGCCUGAUUUGCAGAUGUCCUGAGUAAUUAAGAAUUGAAGCUUAAAUCAAUGAGACAUGUAAGGUGCAGUUUAAUUGUAAUUCUGCUCUUCUCCCUUCAUCUCUCUGAUAUUCUUAGUUGUGAAAUGGCCCCUUCAAGAAGAAAUGGUAGUGAGUGGUCUCACUUAAGAUAUGCAGUGUUCUAGGGGUACAGGAAACAAGAAAGUGUUACAGGUUCAAUCCCCUUCUUGCUGAGGACAUCUGAGAAACUAAGAGCUCCCACAUUUUAGUAUGUGUCUAUACUAGAUUGCCAGUCAAGCUUGCUUCUUCAAAACAAUACCAGGACCAAUUUGAUAAUGCCCAAGAGACUUUCCUAGAUCAGUGAAGACAUUUUAAUGGUUUACAGAGUUACGCAGCCCUGAAAAAAGCAUGGCUGGGCUGCUGCCUACCACUCAGAUAUAUUUUAGGUAUCUAAAUCUAAACACAUACUGUAGAAUUUAGGCAGUGUGAAUUCUCUCACGCUAUGUAGUCUCUUAAUGGUUAGGUUUUGAGGAAUAAUACAUUAGAUAGUAUAUCAAUAAAAAGAAAGUUGUGUCUUCAGACUCCAAGAAGCCAUUUUAUUACUUUAUGAAAUAGAACUAUGAUUCUUUAUUGAGCAGAGGUUUCUGAGAUCUGAGGGAUCCCUUUUGUAUAACAUGAGAAAUGGAAUGAAAGCCAAAACGAAUCAAGGAAGGAUAUUGCAAACUGAUCACUCUGAGGUCACUGUGCCUGGAAGGCUGCUUGGGCAGCUUUGUUUCCCAGUUAGAAGCAAAGAAGGGACAGGGACAUUCUAAUGAGCUUGCAAAAGGCCCACUUUUCCUAUGUUAGCAGGAAAAAAACACUGUUGUUCUUUCAGAGUCUGUCUGCAAAGAGGUCCUGGUCACCCAGGUGUGUAGGUUAAGUAACUUGGAAGCAUAGAUACCGCUGAGAUCUUUCUCUGCCAGACCAGUGGAAAUACUGCUGUUGUGGUAUUGCUUCUGAUUCAUAGCAUGAAUUCAUAACGUUCAGGAUAAAUGAGAAGCACACAGCAACAAGAAAAUGACACCUGCUGCUGAUUUACUCUCUCCCUCACUGUUGCCUUUGCUGCAGAACCCAUUUAUCAGUGCCUUGGCAGGGAACAUUGCUAACUUCUUUCCCUUUUUAAACCGAUUUCCCCCUAAACAAUUACGUGUUUUACUAAUUUUCUUUGAGUGCUACAAUAGCCCAGUGAUGGAAAGAUCCAUCCAUUAUGGCAGUGACAGUCUGCUGGGCUAACCUGCAGAUUAAUUUCCUCCAUGAGUACUUCCUGCAGUCAAUGGGCAGAUGAGUCCCUUCCUGCCAGCCAGUCAUCCUUGGCCAGGCACCAGCCACUAUCUCCAUCGUGUUUUAACACUUGCCUUUCUGAGUUUAUAAUCUAAAAAUAUAGAAACAUGUUCAAUGUGUCUUCUCAGGGUGACUAUAUACAAAUAUGUAUCAGACAAGUUAUUACUGUUGAAUACAUUACUAUUUUAUUAAGCUAUGUUUUAUCAAGUCUAGUUCAUUAAAGGUGAAUAUAUAUAUUGCUCUCUUAAACCCCAUUUGAACCAAACCUUAGAAGUCACUGGUUCUAGCUGCGGGUCGAUCAGGCCCUUGUUUGUGAGCAGCAGUGAAAUGCUGGUUUUAGCUACUCAGUGGCCAGACUCCAUUGCCUUGGUUGGAAUCAGGUUAUGUCAUGUCAGUGUGGGACAGGAUCACGGUUUUACUGACAGCUGUCCCAUAGCAGCAUUCUCCUGAAUGGCCCAUGCAGACAUGCCAAUGAGUAAAAGGAAGGUGGAAAGCAAAAAGCCCAACAAUUUAAUUGUAAUUUUAUAUUUCUUAAUUGUAUUUCUGUGUAAAAAUAUGCUUAACUGUCAUUCUUUUAAUCCUCCUCAGACAUGCCCUGUGUCUGCUGCCACUGGUUCCUCACCCUCCCCUCGACUGCUUGCCCCCCAUGCAGAUGCCUCCUCACCUCCUUUCCUUCCUCCUAAACCUUGGUUGUCUUCUUUCUCCGGAACUUGGGGCUGUUGUUGCUGCCUGGUCCUGCAAUGUCAGUGCAGGUCUCCUCAAAACUCCCCUGGGAAAUAUUGCCCAUCUCAUUUAAGGCACUUCUGGCCUGGAUACUUAGUUCUUAAGCUUGUAAAACAACCUAUAAUAGGAAUCACUUGCCCUGUAAACAUCUUACAAAACAAGCUUGCAUUUCUUCCCAAGCAUUAUGAAAAUUUUAGGCAUGACACAAAACCCGUGGCAGAAGACAAACUGAAAAAGGGAUUGUGUGCCAUGUGUAUUGGCUACGCUGCUAACACAUUCUUGUGCUGACUGCCAGCUAGUCUUACUCCAGUUUAAAUGCUGCUUUUCCUUCUAAAUAACUGGUAAGCAGAAAAAAAAACCCUGCAUGGAUGAGUUUGCUUGCUGCUCAUGUUGUUCUCAGGACAGUAGUUUAAAUGUCGUGAUUCUCAUUGGAUACAUGUGGAAUAUCAUAAUGCAAUGUGCAUCAAGAUUACAAAACCGAGUGAACUAAAGCCAAAGGCAAGACAAAGUCAACAUAAACGGAACUGAAACUUCUAAUUAGUGAGUUCAAUGUGAACAGAUCUCCCAAGUGGGGACAUAUAACACCACAUUCUAGAGGGAAUGUAUUUAUUGAUGAGAAGAUGAGGUAAACAGAGUAUUAAGUGCUCUGUAUUUCAUGUGAAUGAGGCAAUAGCUUCAUUAAUAAUGAAUGCUAAUUAUGUCAUCUCCCCUAGGUUAUCUGGUAUGCCCUCACUUAUCAAUACUUUCUUUCCUGUUAGACAAUGUUAAUAAUUCCAAGGAAUAACAUUGUCCUUUACUGAGUAAAGAGGCUCAGCUAUUUUAGAAAACACUAUGAAAAUAUGUUUCUUAUGAAAUUUGAUUAUUCUGAACAAAUGUGUAAUUAGAAUUGCACAUAACAAAUGCAUAUUCUGUAAUAAGGCAAAUAUUAAUUUACAAAUAAAAGGUAUUACUACAAUGAAAGUUAGGAAGAUAUAUCCUUUGGAGCAGUGACUUUUCAGUCAGUAGCAUUUCCUAAUUUGAACUCACUAGUCAUGAGAUAGUUACAAUAAGAUUAUGUAAAGAGGCAAGGAAAGAAGCAUACGUGUCAUCAAAGUCCCCAGCAGAAAAGCUCGUACAAGAAAAACGUACAUGACUGCAACCACUCACAAGGUGUUUGGUGUCUUCUGAAUAGCAAAAAUCACAUUCCAAAUUGCCCUAUUGCUGCCAUCAACAUUGUCACUCCAAACUCACUGGCAACUGAAACCAACUGAAAGCAAAAUGUGGAAAAACAGUGGGAGCUGCAAGUUCCCGGAUGUAGUCAUCUUCCACAUUCAGCAGCAUCCUUGUGCUCUUCAUCUUCACUGUCAAAUACUAGGUGAGCGCACCACAUAUUUCCAGCAAUGUUACUUGCCUUUGUCCUGUGGUCUUUUUCUCCAUUUAAGGCACGUACUUGUCGCGAGCCACUGUUCAUCACAAGAAAACACAAAGAAGAGAAGCAACACCUCCGUACCUUCAGCGUGAAAGAGGCUAAAAAGCAAUUUGAGCAUCUGCAUUUGCAUUUCUUCUAGCCCAUCUCAGUGGUCUGGAAGCCACAAUCCGAUUCACAAAAGCAUGCAGCUUCACUCAUACUCUACACUACUUACUAGGAGGACAGCAGCUUUACUCCACUCCCUCCUUCAUGGAGAUGUGGAGAUGUAAAAAUACCCGUCACUCAAUGCAAAGGUGUCUACACCCUAAAGCAAUGACUUUUUUAAAGAAGUUCUUUCAGGUCACAGAUUGACCUCAGAAACAGAAGGGCAGCUGCUAGAAUAAAGGGAUGCUCACUAACAACUCCAAAAUGCAACAGGAUGAGCAGCCUGCAGUGGAGAGGAACCCAAAGCAGUAUGGAAUGCCAGCUGACAUAGUCAUUCACACAUCAGGAAAAGCAUUAAGUGACAUGCUCCAGCCCAGUUGGUGACAGCUCUGCCCUACUAUAUAAAUAGUAAUUAACAGCAUCACUGAAAGGUCUUCUCCAUGUUUCAAUAAAUGGCAAGAACCGUGCCAAAAUAAUUUCAAAUAUGCCAUAAAAUGUUAGGAAGCUUGAAAACUUUAAAGUCACACAUGGGUCAUUCCAGUUUCUGCAAGAAUUGCAAGGAAUAUUUCCAGUGACUUCAGUGGGAUAAUGUUCUAACAACCUUUACAAGAUUCAGCUCAGCAGCAUGUAUUUAUGGGUCCAUUAUCCAGCUAACAAAAUUCAGAACUAAGUAGCCUUCCAGUCUUUUGAAAGAAAUGUUUUAUUGAGGCAAACUGGAAUUAAAAAUAUAUUCUGUUCUCUCAGUGAACACAGAGAAAAAUACUACUUUUUUUUCCUAUGUUGGUGAUGAAAAAAUGUAAAUUAAAUUGUUCAAAAGUUGAAAGUCAAAGUUCCAUCUCUAAUCACCUCUCAGAGGUGUCACUUAAUUGAGGAUAUAAUCUAAUCUAAUGUAAUCAUUAAAUUUGAAAUUAUCUUAUUCUGUUAAGUGCCAUCUUGAUUCAAUCAGCUGUUCUUGCAAUUACAUUGUGGCUCUCCCAUUAGUACUUUAUCAGCCUCACUGAGGGUUGUACACCUCCAAUAUUAACACUUUUAUAAAGUACAAUUUGAUGCAUAGACUUCAUAGAAUCAUGAAGUUUGCGGGUUGGAAGGGACCUUAAAGAUCAUCCAGUUCCAACCCCUCUGCCAUGGGAGGGAUACCUUCCACCAGAUCAGGCUGCUCAGGGUCCCAUCCAACCUGGCCUUGAACCCCUCCAGGGAUGGGGCAGUCACAGCUUCCCUGCGCAACCUGUGCCAGUGUCUCACCACUCUCAUCAUGAAAAAAUUCUUCCUUAUGUCUAGUCUAAAUCUGCCCCUCUCCAAUUUAAAGCCGUUUGACCUAGUAAUAUCACUACAAGCCUUUGUAAACAGUCCCUCUCCAGCUUUCUUGUAGCCCCUUCAGGUACUGGAAGGUCACUAUAAAGUCUCCUCAGAGCCUUCUCUUCUCCAGGCCGAACAACCCCAACUCUCUCAGUCUGUGUUCAUACAGGAGGUGCUCCAGCUCUCCAAUCGUCUUCGUAGCCCUCCUCUGGACCUGUUCCAACAGCUCCAUAUCCUUCUUAUGUUGAGGAUUCCAGAACUGGACACAAUACUCCAGAUGAGGUCUCACAAGAGAGGAUUAGAGAGACAGAAUCACCUCCCUCAACCUUCUGGCCACACUUCUUUUGAUGCAUCUGAAUGAAAGUUCUAUAAUCUAUUUUCAGGCCCCUUUAAUACAUUCUGAAAAUAUUUGAGCAUAAUGGAA